AUGGCUGUCGGUGCUAAUAUCAAUGCAGCUCGUAAUAUCCUCCUUUACACACUCCUGAUCGAUGACGUUGACGCUGAUCGCACUCGAAUCUGGAACAUCUACUAUCAUUUCAUGCUGGACAAAGAAUCCCUGCAACUAUUGCAGAAACAAGCACAGAAGCUGGCAGGCCUGGCCACAUCAAUUGAAAAUUGGCGUCGACAACCAUAUGGAGGCAUGCUCCGGUUCUGCGACCAAAACACCUUUGAUCGAGUUGUCAAGCUCUGGAAAUGGUAUGCAUUGGAUGUCUCUGAUGGAAUUGCUUUCCAAAAACAACAGUGUCACCUUUGGAUCGAGUUAAAGAAAGCAUGUGAAUGUCACCAACAGCUUCUCGCCAACUCAGGUUCUUCCUCCAUUGAUCGAGCGGCAAGCCCAUGUUCAGACCUGCUCACUGAGGAUAAGAUGUCGUACCUACAGCAUUACUGGAAGUUUGGGGUGAUUUACCAUGAUGAAAGACUCCUCGCUAUGUUAGACUAUUAUAAUCCAACCUUCUCGUCAGUGGAUGGAGGUUCAGUCAUAUCUCCGGCAACUGAACCUUUGCAAUCCUUCCACUUAGCGACUGCAUACGCACGACUUACCAAAGAUUCGCCUAUCAACCCGAAGACAAAUCGUACGAACCAAGCGGCAGAUCUCAGUCCCCAAGCUCAAGCGGCGGUAAGGCAGUUCCAGGCCUGGGCCGAAAGCCUUCGACGACUCAAGGGUCGACGGACUGUACGGUUCACAGCCUCGGAUGCAAUGGCUUUCUGUUACGUCUUACAACAUCAUGCCGUUCAUCAUGAUAGUAAUGGCGCUUUUCAGUAUCGCGACAGGUCAUGCUACGAGCAACUUGUGCUUGAUCCUGUGGAAUACUGUGCAGGAAAAUAUGGUACUACCACAUUCGAUGUCAUUGAUACUUCCAAUCUCGUGGAUCACUGGGGGUCUCUGAACAUUCUGGGGGCUUGCAGACCUCUGCUCAGAGCGGGAAUGAAUUCCACCCUCUACAUGGAACUUCUUCAACUGCGACAUGACAGUCUCGAAGCGUACGCCCAGGGGCUGUUGUGUGGCGACAUAGUUACGGUAUCACUACUCUUUGGUCUCAGCCCCAUUCAAUACUGGACCAAUGAAACAGGCUUCUCGCCUUACCCAGAAACGAUACAGCACUGGCACGCACGCAAAUAUGGGCGUGGCCAAGCUCGCUUCAUUACGAUAUGGAAGAAUGUCGAGAUGGACGGAGGUAAUUUUGACCCUCAUCAACUCGCACAUUUCGUGCACAGAAUGUAUCUGCAGAUGUUCGAACAUGAAAGCCGCAAGGUCCAGUCAUCCAAGACUGCCAUUCAGUUGAUGCGACGAAAAUAUCCGCAUUAUACACGUGCUGGUCUGGCUGUGAUUCUGAGCCUGAUCAAGAACGCUAAAUUCGUCGACUUCACAGCCUUCGUGGAAAGACUUCGUUCCCGAUUGUGGAAUGAAUCUAGCCGGGACGAAAUGAGUUCUCAGUACCUGCAGUCUCUUGAUCUCUACCUACACGAAUUCCAGCUAUGCACUUCGGCCAUGUACAGUGACAAAAUAGAGAAUGCGGGAAACCGGGAACUCACCCUCCUUCGAAGUUGGCCUGACAUCCCUUCCACUGUUUAUCUUACUGUGGCCGUUUCACAUUGGAGGUCAGACAUUUCUGCCGUCUCCAGCUCUAUGUCAGGAUUUUGGCCUCUGUUGCAGCUUUCUUUGAGAUGUCAAAAUACCGAUCGCGAGUCUCACUUUCCCGACGUACAGAUUGGCCUCGGCGUUGUCCGAACCAAAGGAAAAAGAAAUACGGCAAGCUACGCAGUGGAAAUACAAACAGACUUGGAAGCACGGGAGGGGCUGACAUCUUUAGUUGUUUCAGCUCUUGUGCCCACGCGCAUGCUGUUGGAGGUGUCGAACUUCUCGACAGUGGUUGCGGUUCAGUUUAUGGCUACAGCUCAUAGGGACGACCAGGAAAGAGCAGCUAAAGCAGGUGCGGCCAUAAAUGAUACUCUCUUGAAUGAUAGAGAGCGCGUGGGAAGCUUGAAGCAUGAAGACGUCUUCAUCACACAGAAUCCUCCAAAUAUGAAGGGACGGAUGCCGCCGCCGCCUGUUACUGCCAGCUCUGUGUGGCGAGAGACUGUACGUGUUGCUCACACUGCUGGCAAGGUGACCUUCCACAUGAUAUUCGACAAGGAAGCGACAAGAGUGGAGAAACUCAACUUGCAUAUCGACCUUUCCUCCACGAGUGCUGAGCCUUUGUUGCAGUCAAAGGCUAACGUCAACUUUAAGCGGCUGUCUUCUUUCGUCCUCGAACUCACCAUCCGUUCGGGAUUGCUCGCGUAUCGUGAGCGGAUACGACUCCCAGUUGCAUUAGACACUUCAAAUUCCAGGACAAGAGUUGCCCGAAGAUCUGCGUAUGUUGAGUUCAUCGCAACAGUUGCAACGCCGGACGUCCUAUCAAAGCAUCCGGAUUCUCUUUAUCCCAUGCCUCUGGCUUGCGGCAAACCGACACUCGAGAAUCUCAGAUAUAUCCACCUGGAACAUCUUCCAACAAUCGAUGUAUCGGAUGCUUCCAAACUCGAAUGGAUGACGCCUCAUUUGAUGUCAAUGAUGUCCCCGAGGGAAAUCGACAUUGCAAUUCGAUGCGGCCACCCGAACGCGAAGACCGACGACUUACGUUACAACUUCAAACGAACAGUCGCAAAAGUUUUCGCUCACUACACUGGCCUCGGUGGCAAGAAACAACAGAAUGCGUUUGGCCUGAUGCGUCGGGGGGAAACGAUCCCAUUAAUAGUGGUCUUUAUUUCAGCGUUACGGCUGGAUCUCGCAAGUCUGAACGUUACCCUUGAUGCGGCCAUGCUACCUUCAACAACACAACUUGGGGCACGGGAGAGACUAGAACUUGUUAUAAGAAUGCAGAACAAUGGCCCUGUAUUCGAAGUUGACGACGACGAACUUGCACUAUGGAAGUACGCAGCUGCAGCUUUUGCAGAGCGUUGCCGUGACUGGGAGCACACCGAGAGGUGCGAAUACUCAUCAUCGAACACGUCUACCGUGCCUGCGCCGAGUUUCGACGGAGCCGUAGUCUGCUCUUGCGGGCUGGGGAGAUUUCCGCAGGGUUACAAACCCGAUGUGCCAGUGUGGACGUCUAUCGCCAAGCACUGUGUUCGUGUGGCCAUUUCGCCAUGUUACGCUGUACCUUUGGUUGAGAAGAUUUUUGACGAUGAAACAACUGAGCAAGAAAACGAGCAAACAGCCGAUCUCGUCACGAAAGCGGAUCUCUACACAAAAAGACAGGGCUGCUGGGGAUGCAACGAACAUGUCUCAGAACAUCAGAAAUUGCUUAAGUGCGGCGGAUGCAAGGUGGCUCGGUAUUGUUCGAAAGAGUGCCAAGUCAAGGAUUGGAAGCAAGGGCAACACAAGGUGGUGUGCAAGGCCAUUAAGUUGAGAGUUUGA